CUGGUGCUUCCCCAGGUCCUUGACGAUCCCUGUCCUCAGUCGCCCCUUUUCUUUCCCCUCCCCCGCUCUCUUUUUACCUCAUCCCUCAGUCUCCCGCUUCCAUUUUCCCUCCAGAUACCUCCUCUCCACCUCUUUCUUCCCAACCUCCCGCAGACCUCUCACUUUCCUUGCCCUUCAGUUCUCUCCGCCCCGGGUCUUUCCUUCCCCACUCUGGGCUCCCGCCCUGCUCCGACGACCUGUCCCCUGAGCUUCCAGCCUAUUUCUUUCCAUUCCGGACUAAAGUUUCCCAGAAGGCAGCGGAGAUGCGCGGGGAGAAUAAAUCCAGCCCGGGCUGAUGGGUAGCGGCGUCCAACGGAAGCCGGGCAGCCACAGGGGAACGUCCGGGCGCUGCGCUGCUUCGUCCUGCAGGCAAGGGGUGGGGUCCGGGGACAGGGCGCCCCCAGGUGGCGGCUCUCUAAUCCCUUUGUCAAGGCACCGUAGAAUGCUGAGGGAUUUCCCUGAGUGGAAAGAAGCAGUACAUCAGUCUUGGUUCCUGGAAAAUUUUUCUGUUGCCAGUCCUGAGGAGGUACCAGGAGCUCUAGAGACCCAGGACCAUGAACACUCUGAAUAGGAACCAGAUAGGCCCUGGAUGCAAGACCCAAGCCAUGUUGCAGAAAGGACCCUUGGACCUGAUUGAGACAGGCAAAGGACUUAAAGUGCAAACAGACAAACCCCAUCUAGUGAGCCUGGGAAGUGGACGACUCAGUACAGCUAUCACCCUUCUGCCGCUGGAGGAAGGGAGAACAAUGAUUGGCUCUGCGGCCAAGGACAUCACACUGCAGGGUCCAGGCCUGGCUCCUGAGCACUGCUACAUCGAGAAUCUGCAGGGCACCCUUACCCUCUACCCUUGUGGCAAUGCCUGUGCUAUUGAUGGGCUCCCUGUCCAGCAGCCCACCCGGCUCACUCAGGGCUGCAUGUUGUGCCUGGGUCAGUCCACCUUCCUCCGCUUUAAUCACCCAGCUGAAGCCAAGUGGAUGAAAAGCAUGAUUCCAGCAGGGGGCCGGGCUCCUGGGCCCCCCUACAGUUUUGGCCCAGCAGAAUCAGAAAGCUUGGUGAAUGGGAACCACACCCCACAGCCUGCAAACCAGGGGCCUUUGGCCUAUGCCAGCCACAGUUCCCUGGUGAGCUCUAUUGAGAAGGACCUGCAGGAAAUCAUGGAUUCACUGGUUCUAGAGGAACCUGGAGCUACUGGCAAGAAGCCUGCUGUAACUUCCCCACUUUUGCCUAUGGCUAAUGGUGGUCGUUACCUGCUAUCCCCCGCAACCAGCCCCGGCACCAUGUCUGUGGGCUCCAGCUAUGAGAACACCUCUCCAGCCUUCUCUCCACUCUCCUCACCAGCCAGCAGUGGAAGCUGUGCCAGCCACUCACCUAGUGGCCAUGAGCCAGUACCUUCCAUACCUCCGCUGAUACCUGCUCGUUCCUCAAGUUACCAUUUGGUUCUGCAGCCCCUACAGUCCCCACCUAGUGGUGGCCACUCCUCUGAGAGCCCUUGGCUGGGCAGGAAGGCAGGUAAUGAGAGGCCUCUGAGCCCUGGCCUCCGGGGUCUGCUGACAGACAGCCCUGCAUCUACUGUCUUGGCAGAGGCCUGCAGAACCACUGAGAAACCCUGGCUGGGUGGGCAGCUGCCUAUGGUGGCUAUCAGCCUGAGUGAAUACCCAGCUUCCAGUGCCCACAGCCAAUCCCCCAGCAUUCCUGGCAGCCCUAAGUUCCAGCCUCCAGUCCCUAUUCCCCAAAACAAAAUUGGCACACUUCAGGACUGCCCUCCCAGCCAUCUCCAUGAGCUGCCAGGCACUGAGCGGGUGUUGAGGACUAGCCCCUCACGCCAGUUGGUGGGCCGAACAUUUUCAGAUGGGUCAGCCACGCGCACCUUGCAGCCUCCUGAGAGUCCCCGCCUGAGCCGGCGGGGCCUGGACAGUAUGCGAGAACUCCCUCCUUUGAGCCCAUCUCUGUCCAGACGGGCUGUCUCCCCCAUGCCCUCUCGGACCACCCCAGAUCCCAAACGAACCAGGGAAGUGGCAGAGAGUCCCCGGCUCCGGCGCUGGGCAGCCCAUGGGGCUUCACCAGAGGACUUUUCACUGACACUAGGGGCACGUGGCCGUAGGACACGGAGCCCCUCGCCCACACUCGGGGAGUCGCUGGCACCUCGCAAGGGCAGCUUCAGUGGUAGGCUGAGCCCAGCCUACAGUUUGGGCUCUUUGACUGGGGCGUUGCCCCAGCAGAGCCCCCGUGCCCGGAGGAAGCUCUCCAGUGGAGACUUACAGGUGCCUGUCACUCGAGAACGGAAAAAUAGCAUCACGGAGAUCAGUGACAAUGAGGAUGACCUUCUGGAGUACCACCGGCGGCAGCGCCAAGAGCGGCUUCGGGAGCAGGAGAUGGAGAGGCUGGAACGGCAGCGCCUGGAGACCAUCCUCAACCUGUGUGCAGAGUACAGCCGGGCUGAUGGGGGACCUGAGGCUGGGGAGCUGCCCAGCAUUGGGGAGGCCACUGUAGCAUUGGCAUUGGCAGGCCGGAGGCCCUCACAAGGCCUUUCAGGGGCCAUUGUAACCUGUGGGCGGAGCAAUGAGGAGCCUGGAGGUACCACCCAGCGCCUGUGGGAGAGUGUGGAACGCUCAGAUGAGGAAAAUCUCAAGGAAGAGUGCAGUAGCACUGAGAGCACCCAGCAGGAGCACGAAGAUGCACCUAGCUCCAAGCUCCAAGGAGAGGUGUUGGCCCUGGAGGAGGAGCGGGCUCAGGUGCUGGGGCGAGUGGAGCAGCUCAAGGUCCGUGUAAAGGAGCUGGAGCAGCAACUGCAGGAGUCAGCCCGAGAGGCAGAAAUGGAGCAGGCGCUGCUGCAGGGGGAGAGGGAGGCAGAGUGGGCCCUGCUGCAGAAGGAACAGAAGGCAGUGGACCAGCUGCAGGAGAAGCUGGUGACCUUGGAGACGGGCAUCCAAAAGGAGAGGGACAAGGAGAGGGUGGAGCUGGCCACGGGACGGAGGCACCUGGAGGCCCGCCAGGCUCUCUACGCCAAGCUCCAGAUGCAACUCGAUAACUGCCCCGAGUCAGUGCGGGAACAGUUACAGGAGCAGCUGAGAAGGGAGGCAGAGGCUCUGGAGACAGAGACAAAGCUCUUUGAGGACUUGGAGUUCCAGCAGCUGGAGCGGCAGAGCCAUGUGGAGGAGGAGCGGGAGUUGGCCAGCCAGGGGCUUCUCCUGAGCAAGGCUGAGCUGCUCCGCAGCAUCACCAAGAGGAAGGAGCACCUGGCAAUCCUGGACAGUCAGGCUGGGCAGAUCCUGGCUCAGGCUGUGCAGGAGUCGGAACGCCUGGCCCGGAACAAGAAUGCCUCCCUGCAGCUGUUGCAGAAGGAGAAGGAGAAAGUGACUAUGUUGGAAAGAAGAUACCACUCACUCACAGGAGGCAGGCCUUUCCCAAAGACCACAUCGACCCUCAAAGAGGCUGAACUGCUCAUCUCUGAGUCCUCGGAGAAUGAGCUGGGGACUGCGGCUCUGAGCCUAUUCCCAGGGUCAUCUAAGGCUGGUGCCUCCUCUGUCCCUUUAACCCCACCUGCUUUCACUCAGCUCUGCCCCAAAGCACAAGAGAUGGAGAAGCUGCUGUUCCCUGCUGUAGACUUAGAGCAAUGGUACCAGGAGCUGAUGGCCGGGCUAGGGACUGGCCCCACUGCAGCCUCCCCUCGCUCCUCCCCCCCGCCUCUGCCCACCAAAGCUUUUUGUCAACUCCAGGUUUACCGCUCCAAGAUGGAUGGGGAAGCAACCAGCCCUCUGCUCCGUAACCGCAGUGGUCCCCUUCCCUCUUCCUCUGGCUCUUCCUCCUCCUCUUCCCAGCUCAGUGUGGCUACCCUGGGUCGUAGCCCCUCCCCAAAGGGUGCUCUACUCACCCAGAAUGGCACAGGAAGCCUUCCUCGCAACCUGGCAGCCACACUGCAGGACAUUGAGACCAAGCGCCAGCUGGCCCUGCAGCAGAAGGGGCAGCAGGUAAUUGAAGAGCAGCGGCGGAGAUUGGCUGAGCUGAAGCAGAAAGCAGCAGCUGAGGCUCAGUGCCAGUGGGAUGCCCUGCAUGGGCCAUCCCCCUUCUUGGCAGGCCCCUCAGGCUUCCCCUCACUCAUGCACCACUCCAUUCUGCACCACUUGCCAGCUGGGCGGGAGCGUGGGGAGGAGGGUGAACAUGCCUACGACACACUGAGCCUGGAGAGCUCUGACAGCAUGGAAACCAGCAUCUCCACAGGAGGAAACUCAGCCUGCUCCCCUGACAAUGUGUCCAGUACAAGUGGCCUGGAUACCAGCAAGAUUGAGGAGAUGGAGAAGAUGCUGAAAGAAGCUCACGCGGAGAAGAGUCGGCUUGUUGAGUCGAAGGAGCAGGAGAUGGAGCUACGGCAUCAAGCCCUGGAGGAGGAGCGGAAGCAGCGGGAGCGGGUGGAGCGGAAGCUUCAGAGUGAGAGCACUAGGAGGCAGCAGCUGGUGGAGAAGGAGGUCAAGAUGCGGGAGAAACAGUUUUCUCAGGCACGACCCUUGACCCGCUACCUGCCAGUCCGGAAGGAGGACUUUGAUCUGAAGACCCACAUCGAGUCCUCAGGCCAUGGUGUCGAUACCUGCCUGCACGUGGUACUCAGCAGCAAGGUCUGCCGAGGCUACUUGGUCAAGAUGGGCGGCAAAAUUAAAUCAUGGAAGAAGCGCUGGUUUGUCUUCGACCGGCUCAAGCGUACCCUUUCCUAUUAUGUGGACAAGCAUGAGACAAAAUUGAAGGGGGUCAUCUAUUUCCAGGCCAUCGAAGAGGUAUACUACGAUCACCUGCGCAGUGCAGCCAAGAGCCCGAACCCAGCCCUGACCUUCUGUGUGAAGACCCAUGACCGGUUGUACUACAUGGUGGCCCCAUCUGCGGAGGCCAUGCGCAUCUGGAUGGAUGUCAUUGUCACCGGGGCUGAGGGCUACACUCAGUUCAUGAACUGACUGUUGUGGGCCUCCUGGACCCAUGCCUGACCACCUGCUGCUCUGCUUGCCCCUGGAGACAGAGUAACACCCUGGGCCCCAGACCUCACUGGGUGCUUCCAGAGGCCCUGGGAAAGUAGAACAUAACUGGUGCUUUUGUAUAAGAAGAGUUUGCAAUGUUAUCUAAGGAACUCAUUCUGGGAGUUUCUGAGCUUGAGCUUCCUAAAGAAUCAGUCAGGAGAUCAAAGGUAGGGAAGGGGCUUUGUAGCCUCCUUAGAGCCCAGCACUUGCAAUAACUCUUCAGGGUCCUGUGCUCCUUGGCCUGUGUUCUCUUUUGUAAAGGACAGUUAUGGUACCAGAAUUGGCCAAAGAUUCCCUCUUGCCUCAGCCCCCUUUGCAGGAGCAUUGGGGCUGAGCAGUACCACAUCCAGAGUGGGGCGACAGCUCAGGCAGUUUCUAUCUCAAACCCUGCUCUUACCCCUUUGUUUUCCCACAUCCAUAUUUUUAAAAAAGAUUUCAUUUGUUCAUUUCCAGAGAGAGGGGAAGAGAGGGAGAGAGACUUCACUGUGUGGUUGCCCUUUGAGUGCCUCCCACUGGGGACCGGUGUUGCCACCGGUCUACAACCCAGCCCUGACUGGGAAGUGAACUGGUGACCCUUUGGUUUGCAAGCCGGCACUCGAUCCACUGAGCCACACCAGCCAGGGCCCGCAUUCAUAUUUUUUUUACCUUGCUCAAGGGUCAGAGACCAAGUUUUAUCCUUGAGGUUUGGGCCCCAUACCCUUUUUGCAGACCCAUUGCCAUGGUCACCACUGUAACUGCUUCAUUGCUAUGGUUACAUACUAAUUACGUUGGCUCCAUAGCUCAGCAGCUUAGCCCACUGCUUAAGCUGUGGGCCCAUGUGAGGGUACAUGUGCCAUCAUCUCUCCAGCCCAGGCUGCUGGGCAUCUCAUGCUGUGGGAAGGAACUGAAAACCUCCCUGUACCAGCCUGUGUCUCUAGGCCCUGAUAUACAACCUGUUGGCCCCUUGGGCGAGCCCUCUCCCUUCCACUUGUGCCUUCCUUAGAGCCAGAAGGGAUGAAACCAGGGUAUCUAGAUCCAGAGAAGUGAUAUGGAUGACUGAGAAAGCUAGAAGGGCUGAGUUUCUGACAGGGACGGAGGGCUACUCCAUGAGAAAACCUGAGCGGGAGAGGAGCAGCAAAGAAGGAAGGCCUGGAAGCCCAGCUUCCCUACUUCAGCCACAGAAGGAUGAUGAAAAUGGAGAGCAAAGGACUAGGCCUCAGCAGUCUGGCCUCAGUCCUUCCCGCCUUAACACUAAUCCCACCUCCCUGCUCCCUUCUCCAGCACUGGGCCAUGGUUGCUGGGUCCAGGCUGGGUGAUUUGCAAUAUUUGUAAGCAUCUCAACAGAACAAUAAAGCAUUUGAAGUAUGUU